AUGUUGGCUCGUCCGAGGACCUUGUCGAGGAACAUCCAUUUGUACGAAUACACAUUUAAAAAGAAUUCGCCGUCACCCGCAGCAUUGCUAACAUCGGGAACGCGGAAAUCGAUAAUAUUUUCGAAUGCAUCAUUACACACAACCAAUGUUCAACCGUCUCUAAUAAAGCGAUUGGCUAGUAGUCUUGAUAGUUUUAAAACAUUUUUUCUCAGGGGUAGGAAUGCGAGCGUAGCGAGUACGAAAAAAAGUGACAGUACACCGAAAUUCGCUGGUAGAGCGGAAACGUGGGAUCAAGCAGUAUCCGAUGCCGAGAAGUUGAUUAAACACAAUGGUGGAUCAUAUAUUGAUCCUGUGAAACUCGUUGGUAAAGAUCUUUUGAAUCUGACCAAAAACAUUGAAGUCCUUCUGGGCAGUGGACAUCCAGUUUUGAACACCGUUAGCAACUACUAUUUUGCGUCAGAGGGAAAACGUAUAAGGCCCCUGAUUGUUUUAUUGAUGUCGCAGGCAACAAGUAUAGCGCCGAAAAAAUGCGACGCUGUACACGCCGAUUUUUUUCAAAUCAUGGAUCAACCGUUGUCAUCAAAAGCUCUCAACAAAAAUAUUUCAUCAUUCCCAACUAGCGACGUAGAUUCCACCUUUUACUCCCCAUCACUUUCACCCGAAGGAGUAAUUAUCCUUCCCACGCAACGUCGUUUGGCUGAAAUUACGGAAAUGAUUCAUACUGCAUCAUUACUUCAUGAUGAUGUGAUCGAUGUUUCCGAAUCGCGCCGUAAUCUUCCGUCAGCAAACGCAAACUAUGGCAACAAGAUGGCUAUUUUGGCCGGGGAUUUUUUGCUCGCUCGUGCAUCUGUAGCCUUGGCAAGAUUGAGAAACCCGGAGGUCAUUGAAUUAUUGGCUACUGUGAUUGCCAAUCUUGUCGAAGGCGAGUUCAUGCAACUUCAAAAUAUUCAAGAAAACGGUACCAUGUCUACAUUCGACUAUUACAUGGAAAAAACUUACAUGAAGACAGCGAGUCUUAUAGCAAAAAGUUGCCGAGCAGCAUCGGUGUUGGGUGGGGCCACAGCAGAAGUUUGUGAUAUCGCCUAUGCGUACGGUCGCGAUUUGGGGUUGGCUUUUCAGUUGACAGAUGAUAUGCUAGAUUUUAUAGUUACAGCCAACGAUUUUGGAAAACCGGUGGGUGCCGAUUUGAAAUUGGGACUGGCAACUGCGCCGGUAUUAUACGCAUGGGAAGAGCAUCCAGAGUUGGGUCCGUUAAUAAAUCGAAAAUUCAGUCAAAAAGGCGAUGUCGAAAAGGCACGAGAGUUAGUAUAUCAGAGCGGGGGCAUUGAGAAAACAAGAAUCUUGGCAGCAUCACAUUGUCAAAGAGCCAUUGAGACCAUAUCGCAAUUGCCAGAGUCAGAUGCAAGGAAUGCGUUGAUCCAACUCACACAAAAAGUUCUCACCAGAAAGAAAUAG